AUGCACAAUCUAACCAGUGACAUUGAGCCUGUCUCUCUGCCUAUCUGGCCAACAUGCAAAAACGCACUGACCUGGUCGGCCGAGGCCCUGGCGGUUGCGGCAGGUGAAGCCGUGCAUAUCCUAACGCCUCGCGAUUCGUCCGCAUCCACAGAAAACCCCGGUAACAAGCAAUGGCACAUUCAUACCGUCCGUGUCAACCAGUUCGAUCCCAGCGAAUGGCCGCCCCAAGCCCUCGCUACGGUCACUCAGUUUUCACUCGGAGAAGAACUAUCUGAAUCGACUAUCGUCUCCAUCGCUUGGUCUCCUGCGGGGCUAGGUGUCUACAGAAGAAGUGUUCUGACCAUUUUGACAUCUAAUCUCGUCUUGUCGCUAUGGGAGACUACCGGAAGAUUUGGGGUGUGGCAGCGCACAGCCGUCGUCAAUCAGCAUCUGUCCAUGCACAAUAUCAACGAGACUGGGGACAAUACAAGAUGCCAACACAGAGUCCGUGCCUUUGCUUGGCUGCCCAGCUUCCCAUCUGUUGCAGAAUCCAUGUGGGGACGGCAACUUCUCGCCGUGGCUGACGAUAGCUAUACCAUAUCGGUCUAUCAUGUGUCGAAGAGAGGUGCUGUUGAUGGGCAGUGGUCCUUCCGACUUCUGACACAGUACAUGAUCCCAGGCACGCAGCGCCUUAAGUCCAACACAACACGAAUGCAGAGCCUCAGGACCAUUUUAACCCAAUCGUCGCCUAUCUCGAGCCUCGAGGCGACGGCGUGGCAAGGAGAGGGGGAUCUAGGUGAUGAUGAAACGAAAAGUCUCGGUGUCAAGGUGAGUCGCGGUCAGUGCUGUACUCCCACGUUUCUGCGUGUGCUGGUCCGCGGCUCCAACGCAGCUCCAGUCGAGGAUGGAGGAGACUUGGAAGCCUCGAUCAUCCCCAUCUCAUCGUUGCCUGGUCUCACUUUUCCUGUGCCACCUUCCAAAGACGUCUUCGCACCGGUUGUUGAGGAGUCUUGUUCAGAGUUCGUUCAAAAACAUGGACUUCGUGGGAAAGUUCGUGUCAAUCACUGGGGCACCGCGUUGUCUCCUGGUCACGAAAUCGCAGCAGCUUGUGUGUCGCUACACCCUUCAGACAUGAUUGAAUAUGUCAUACCUUCGGCUCAGCGCGUCACCCUUCACUUCAUACGCGUACAAGAGUCUUUGGUUGAGGAAUUUGCCAUGGAAGAUCCCGUCAAAGUGCAAAAACGUAUAUUUGAAUUCAUGCUAGAGUCAUCGGAAGGCCAGAUACACAUCGACUUUGACCGGAAGAUUAUCAGAAAUACUGCUGCUCUUAUGAAGCUGAAUUUCAAAGAUUCAAUCGAUGUGGCCGACUUGGUAGGUGCGUGGUUAGCACGGCAUCAAAGCUCUGUGUCGAAAGAAAAGCCCGUUGGAGGUGACGUGCAAGAACAAGACACAGAAGAACAGCAGGAAGAGCAGAUGAACCUGGACCGCCCGGGAACGGGCAGGGAGCAUGCUAGAGCUGAAGAGCUCUGCGAGUUCUGUGACGAGCCUAUUCCGUUCACGUCAGACUUCGCCCAUGCCAGAUGCAAUCGGGGCCACCAAUUCAGCCGGUGUUGGCUCUCCUUCGUUGCUAUCCAAGAGCCUGGAAUUUCCAAGUACUGUUCUAAAUGUGGAAGGCAAUUCCUCGAUCUCGGGAAGAUGGAAUUCCAAGGCGAUGGUCCGAGCUUGGGUCAAGCGCUGUUCGACCGGUUUGAUGCCUGCCCGUACUGCCAAGGCAAAUAUCGAGGGUGA